UUGAAAAAUAGAGGAAAAAUCAAGGAAAUCUCUCUCUCUUUCUUUCACUCUCUCUCUCUUCCAUUUGGAAAGUUGAUGGAUGUGUGGGGAUGCAUGUCUCAUAAGAUGACAUACACAACACCAACCCAUGAUUCUUUAUAAGUGCAAACACCCCCUCAUGUUGAUUCCAUCUUCUAGUUCAUCCUCUCAUACAAUCCUUCAAUUAUCUUGAUCUUAUAAGUCUUUGAAAAAAGAUUCCAUCUUUGUAAAAACAAAAAGAAUGGAGGGAAAGGUCGAACAAGAGUUGGGUUCUCAAAAUCAUCAUCAUCAUCAUAAUCAUCCAUGUGUAGAGAUAUCCAUGGAGAUUCACAAAGUUGAAACACCACCAAAGAGAAGUAGUUUACAGAAGUUAAAGAAUAGGCUGAAAGAAACCUUCUUUCCUGAUGAUCCUCUUAGGCAGUUCAAAGGCCAAUCCGCUAAGCAAAAAUGGUUGCUUGGUUUUCAGUACAUUUUCCCUAUACUUCAAUGGGGUCCUCAUUAUAAUCUUAAUCUACUCAAAUCUGAUGUUGUUUCUGGUCUCACCAUUGCUAGUUUAGCCAUUCCUCAGGGUAUAAGCUAUGCAAAGCUUGCAAAUCUCCCACCUAUCGUUGGUCUAUAUUCAAGUUUUGUGCCACCACUAGUAUAUGCUGUGCUAGGGAGUUCAAAAGAUCUAGCAGUUGGACCAGUUUCAAUAGCAUCACUGUUAAUGGGGUCAAUGUUAAGACAAGAAGUGUCACCUGCUCAAGACCCUCUUUUGUUUCUUCAAUUAGCCUUCACUUCUACCUUCUUUGCUGGUCUCUUUCAAGCCUCUCUUGGAUUUCUAAGGCUUGGGUUUAUAAUUGACUUCUUGUCAAAAGCUACACUUAUUGGAUUCAUGGCUGGGGCAGCUAUCAUAGUUUCACUUCAACAAUUGAAAGCUCUUCUUGGAAUCACACAUUUCACUAAAGAAAUGGGAUUGGUUCCUGUUAUGUCUUCUGUUUUUCACAACACUAAAGAGUGGUCAUGGCAAACAAUCUUGAUGGGAUUUUGUUUUCUUGUAUUCCUGCUUGUGACAAGACACAUUAGCAUGAAGAAACCGAAGCUGUUUUGGGUAUCAGCAGGAGCACCUCUGCUUUCAGUCGUCGUCUCUACACUUUUUGUUUUUGCUUUCAAAGCUCAACACCAUGGCAUCUCUGUGAUAGGAAAAUUAGAACAAGGAUUGAAUCCACCUUCAUGGAACAUGUUACACUUUCAUGGAAGUCAUAUGGGCUUAGUCUUAAAAACUGGACUCAUCACUGGCAUAAUCUCACUCACUGAAGGGAUUGCUGUCGGAAGAACAUUUGCGGCAUUAAAGAAUUACCAGGUAGAUGGUAAUAAAGAAAUGAUCGCAAUUGGUGUAAUGAAUGUCGUUGGUUCCACCACUUCUUGUUACAUCACAACAGGUGCAUUUUCACGGUCCGCCGUGAACCAUAAUGCCGGAGCUAAGACAGCUGUCUCAAACAUAAUCAUGGCGGUUACAGUUAUGGUGACACUGCUUUUCUUGAUGCCGUUAUUCCAAUAUACACCCAACCUUGUAUUGGGUGCAAUCAUUGUCACAGCCGUCAUUGGCCUAGUUGACAUCCCAGCCGCUUACCAAAUAUGGAAAGUCGAUAAAUUCGACUUCGUUGUGAUGUUGUGUGCUUUCUUUGGUGUCAUCUUUAUUUCGGUCCAAGAAGGACUUGCACUCGCGGUUGGUAUUUCGAUAUUCAAGAUGGUGUUGCAGAUGACAAGACCUAAAACAGUGGUGUUGGGAAACAUACCUGGUACUGACAUAUUUAGGAAUAGGCAUCAGUACAAGGAUGCUGUUCCUGUACCAGGUUUCUUGAUUUUAAGCAUCCAAGCUCCAAUCAAUUUUGCCAAUUCCAAUUAUCUCAAUGAUAGGAUUUUGAGGUGGAUACAAGAUUAUGAAGAAGAAGAAGAAAAUAUCAAAAUGCAUUCCAGUCUAAGAUUUGUGGUUUUGGAUCUCGCAGCUGUAAGUGCCAUCGAUACAAAUGGAGUGACAUUUGUCCAAGAACUCAGAAGGGUUUUGGAAAAGAAGGGUGUCGAGCUUGUAUUGGUGAAUCCAGUUGGAGAAGUGAUGGAGAAAUUGCAAAAAGCAGAUGGAACCCAUGAUCUUCUGCAACCGAAUGUGCUUUUCUUGACUGUAGGAGAAGCUGUUUCAUCGUUAUUCUCAUCAAUGAAGGGUGUGUCAUCAAGUCAUGUUUGAAGGAAUGAAUGUGUGGAUGGUGUUCCAAUUGUGAACGUAACAUAAGUAGGAAGGAAGGGGGGUGGGAAAAGAGGUUGUAAGCACUCUAAAUUAAUUAAUCUCAAAUACGUGAAUGUUGUAGGGUUUUUAGGUUUUGUUAGAAACCAAAUAUUGUUUAAGGUUCCUGGAAGGAAAUGGGAUAACCCCUUGAAGUAUAUUUUUGGAACAUCAGUAUAAUACUUAAUUUGAUCA